UUUUCUAGGCCAACAUUGUGUCCUUUGUGGAAUGCGCCCUUUAUUUGUGUCUCAACCUUUCCGCAUUUUAGCUAGCUAGCCAUCAUAGUUAACGUGUUCUAACUCACGCUUGGUAAGGUUAAACUUUAUUUCACGUUAAGAUCAAAUGUAACUCGCUCACAUUAGAGUUAAUAGAUAGUCUUCAAGUUUGAAAACAAACUUCUGCUGUGUUUUCUGACUGAACGUAACUUUUGUUAUCAUGGUAACGUUAACGUUAUGCAUCAUGGCUGAAGAGCUAGUUAUCUCACUUGCAAAUGAAAUGUAUGUUACGUGAACAUCAGACAAUACCAUUCGAUUUUCAUUGAAUAGGUGCUGCUCUUCAGAUUGGCCUGGGCUGUGGACACCGCUCUGCUUUUGGCAUGGACUAUUAGCCAACCCAUGUGUGCAAGAUUGCCGUAACUCCCCACUUUUGAAGAGGCUCUUUUGGACCACAGAUCUGUCUGUCCAUUCCCAUCUGAAUCCCAAACUGCUCCUCUGCACCAUUUCCCAAUGUGUCUGGUGUGACCUGGCUCCACCCCUCUCCUCCUCCCCUUCACUGCAGGCUUUCCUGAGUGCCGGCAGCUGCGUCCUGCCUCCAUUUCCUGUCCUUGGUCGUGCAAGGCUAAGGCCCUCUCCACUUCCCCACCCCCUCAUAACGCAUACGCACAAACAGUCUCGCACCCACCAAGUCGCUGUCUCUUUGUCUCUCUCUCUCUCUCUCUCUCUCUCUCUCUCUCUCUCUCUCUCUCUCUCUCUCUCUCUCUCUCUCUCUCUGUCUGACGGCUUCAUCCUCACACAAGCCCAUUCGGUUGACCUCAGCUUCUCUGGGACUCCUGAGGAGGUGCUUCCCCUCUUUCCUCCCUCCUCCACAGUGUGUUUUUUUUUUUUUUUUUCCCCCUUCCCCUCGCGUGGAUCGGCUUGCCUGAGACCUCCCGCGGAGAGCCAUGACCUCCAUGUCCAGCCUGUUCUCCUUCACGAGCCCGGCCGUCAAGCGGCUUCUGGGCUGGAAGCAGGGCGACGAGGAGGAGAAGUGGGCCGAGAAGGCGGUGGACGCCCUGGUCAAGAAGCUCAAGAAGAAGAAGGGCGCCAUGGAGGACCUGGAGAAGGCGCUCAGCUGCCCCGGCCAGCCCAGCAAGUGUGUGACCAUCCCGCGCUCGCUCGACGGCCGCCUCCAGGUCUCGCACCGCAAGGGCCUGCCGCACGUCAUCUACUGCCGCGUGUGGCGCUGGCCCGACCUGCAGUCGCACCACGAGCUCAAGCCGCUGGAGGUGUGCGAGUACCCCUUCGGCUCCAAACAGAAGGAGGUGUGCAUCAACCCCUACCACUACAAACGCGUGGAGAGCCCAGUGCUUCCACCGGUGUUGGUCCCCCGCCACAGCGAGUUCAACCCGCAGCACAGUCUGCUGGUGCAGUUCCGCAACUUGAGCCACCACGAGCCGCACAUGCCCCUCAACGCCACCUUCCCUGAGUCCUUCCAGCAGCAGCAGCACAGCAGCGGCAGCUCCCUACCGAUCUCACCCAACUCGCCCUACCCACCCUCGCCCACCAGCAGUGGCACCUACCCCAACUCCCCCGCCAGCUCGGGCCCCUCCAGCCCCUUCCAGCUGCCAGCCGACACACCACCCCCUGCCUACAUGCCCCCUGACGAGCAGAUGGGCCAGGACGGCUCUCAGUCCAUGGAGACCGGGAGCAGCAUGGUACCCCAGAACAUGCCCAGAGGAGUAGACGUCCAGCCAGUGGAGUAUGAAGAGCCGAUUCACUGGUGCUCCAUUGUGUACUAUGAGCUGAACAACCGUGUGGGAGAGGCCUACCACGCCUCCUCCACCAGUGUGCUUGUGGAUGGCUUCACCGACCCUUCCAACAACAAGAACCGUUUCUGCCUGGGCCUGCUCUCCAAUGUCAACCGCAACUCCACCAUCGAGAACACCCGCCGGCACAUUGGCAAAGGCGUACAUUUGUAUUAUGUCGGUGGAGAGGUCUAUGCCGAGUGCCUAAGCGACACCAGCAUCUUCGUCCAGAGUCGAAACUGCAAUUACCACCACGGCUUCCACCCCACCACCGUCUGCAAGAUCCCCAGCGGCUGCAGCCUCAAGAUCUUUAACAACCAGGAGUUUGCCCAGCUACUGGCCCAGUCGGUCAACCACGGCUUCGAGGCCGUCUACGAGCUCACAAAGAUGUGCACCAUCCGCAUGAGCUUUGUGAAGGGCUGGGGUGCGGAGUACCAUCGACAGGAUGUGACCAGCACCCCCUGCUGGAUAGAGGUGCAUCUGCAUGGCCCCCUCCAGUGGCUGGAUAAAGUACUGACGCAAAUGGGCUCUCCUCUGAACCCCAUCUCUUCUGUUUCCUAAUAAUGGCCUUACAUUGGCUGGGAGUAUCUCUCUGUGUUUUUGUUUUUUUACUUUUUUAAAUUCAACAUUUUUACUUUUGAGAAGAGGAGGUCUUAAAGGCUGAACUGUUUACACUGCCUACAGCAUGAGCUAGCCCUUGAAGCAGUCAAUUGUGAGAAUGAACUAAGGCUACAAGCAAAUCUGGCAGAGGAGAAUUCACAGCAGUGGCACAAAAAUGGACAUACUACUGCUUAGUUUGCCUUCUUCAAAUGUUUGUUUUUUGCAUAAUGUUUUCAAAUGAUGGUUGUAUGUGUGACCCCCCCCCCCUUCACUAUGAGUAGGUUACCAAGUAGAUGGAAAAUACUUUCAUGAAUUACUUUGAUGUAUCCCUACUUCACCUUAAAACAGACAAACCUGCAGCUUUCUAAUUCUGUGAACAAUGUUUAGAUGGUAUGCUGUCUAAUUCCACAUAUUUACAAUAAGGCAUAGCUGCCAUUAUGUGUUUACUAUUAGACUCAGAAUUCACUACAGAUGUGUCCUUUUUAUAGUCCAUGUUGCAAUGAGACAAGACUUAAAGUUACUGCUUUUAAAAUAAAGUCUCUAUCCGAUCAAAUGAAUGCUGUGGAUAAGUGCUGGUUUUCAUCUGCAAAUGACAUUUCAUCGUCAAAAUCUCUUCAGUACCAACAAGCUUGUUGUCCUGUUUACUAGUAGUGGCAACUUUCUGAUUUCAACCAGUGACAUAAAUAAGUGUUUUAAACGGUCAUUGAUUUUUUUUCCACUUCUUGGCUUAUGAAGACAGCCACCCAUUUUCAUCUGAAUUAAACCCAAAUUACGAUUUGUGACCGCCA